AAAAAACACGGCCCGUGUUUUGUUAAAAAACCAUACGCUCUCUCUGUCACAUCUCAGGUGCAACCACUUUUCCCAGAUUUCAUAUGGAGUUUAAAUCUGGUCUUGGUUCAAGUCUGGAAAAUCCAAAUGGUUAUUCAAUCAGGAAAGAGAAGUUAUUCAUCAGAAACCUCCAAAAUGAACUGCCGGCAGAACCUCAAGAGUCUGACACCAUCACUAAUGGUUCCAAAAACAGAGUUGAAAAUGUUGUGGGAUGUCAUGAAGAAGUGAAUGAUAAGAUACAUAAAGCAUUGAAGUCCUUACGUUUACGUGAGAAGUGCAAUCUUGUCCAGUUUUGGGCACCUUGUAGUAAUGGAAAUUACAUUUUACUAAAAACUGUAGAUCAACCUUUUCACCAAGGUAAACCUAAUAAUGGACUCAGUAGUUACAGGAGGGAAUCAGAGCGCAACUGGUUUCUAGUGGAUGAGAAAUGUGAAGAAGAAGAUCUUAUCCCUGUGGCGCGUGUAUUUAGGACACAAUUGCCAGAGUGGACUUCUGAUGUAAUGAAUUACUAUUCGAAAAAAUAUCCACUACAGGAUUUUGCUAUUCGUUUGAAUCUUCAUGGAUAUCUGGUUUUGCCAGUGUUUGAUCCUAAUACCAUGACAUGUGUUGGUGUGCUUGAAUUCAUCACAUAUCUGAGUAAUCUUGAUUGUGCUUAUGAGGUUCAAGAAGUUCAUCGAACCCUCAAGGCAGUGAACCUGAUAUCGCCACAAGCAUUUGAUUGCCCUGCAUCUAAUGUUAACAGCGAAUAUAGAAAGCAUGAGCUAGAUGAAAUCUUCACGAUUUUAAAAGAACUUUGUGACACUUACAGUUUACCACUUGCACAGACCUGGGUAGUGUCCUCGUGGAGUAGCUAUACGGCAGUCGGAGAUAAAGUAGAAAAGACAUGUAGUUGCUUUAACUCUAGCUGCAUAGGAAAAGUUUGCAUGUCGUCAACUUCUCUACCAUUUUACGUGCCUGAUUUGCAGCACUGGAAUUUUAGGAAAGCCUGCAGAGAGCAUCACUUGCUGACAUCCCAAGGUGUUGUUGGGAGGGCGCUGUCAUCUCAUGGUUCAAGCUUUUGUCCUGAUGUAACUGAACUAGGAGAAGAAGAAUAUCCUUUGGUUCACAAUGCACGCAUGAGCGGAUUACGGGGAUGCUUUGCCAUAUACUUGAAUAGUAGAGAACAUGAUCAUAGUUAUGUAUUAGAGUUUUUUCUACCCGUCGACAUGAGAGAAAGUGCAGAGCUACAAAACAUGAUGCAAAAGUUAAAGAUGCAUAUUAGGUUUUCCUCUUUUGAGUGUGGAGACCAAGCAGGCACCGAAGUUAUUGGAAGGGCUAUGGAGGUAAGUCAACAAUCAUUAUCAAUUCAGCUUAAUAUGGACCCAACAUCAAUGUCAAAAGAAAUAAUUCAGCUAGAUUUAGAAGACUCACAGACAGUAGGUGAAACUAGUGCUCAAAAUGAUUGCAUUAGUUCUCAAGAUCCAUAUCGUUUUACUCAAGUUUACCGCAAGAACUUGAGUAGCAUAACUAACUCACAGAAAAUGUCUGUGAAUGAUGUUAGUAGCAAGAAAAUUGAUGUACCUACCGAAGGCAAAGGGUUUACUUCUGCAGAAAACGGCGUUUUUGUCAAACAAAGUAGAAAACAUAAAACUGAUUCCCCUGGUUCUGAGCAAAUUCAGAAAUAUAUUGAAAAGUUGAUAAAUGAAGCCUCACUUGGGGACAUGUCAAGAGAAAUAUUGAAUUCUAAAGAUUCAGGGCGUGUACAUGAAUUUAAUGCUGAAACUGCUUUUUGCGUCGGUUGCCCAAUAAACUGGAAAAAUGCUAUUACUAAGAGGGAGAAUAUGUUUGUGGAUGAUGCUACAAGCAAGAAAAUUGAUUUCGUCUCUGGAGAAGCAGCCUUAAUGGAACAUAGAAUAAAACCUAAAUCUGAUGAUCUUAUUGCAGAACACAAACAAAAAUAUUCUGAAAAGCCAACAGAUGAGGUUUCCAGAAGCUUUGGCUCCUUGUCGAGUGAUAUUUGGCAACUGUCUCAAAAUGAACAUGAUUUAGUCAACAGUUACCACAAGAACUGGAGCAGUGCUGUUGCUAACACAGAAGAAAUCAUUGUGGCCGAUGUUCUAGCCGCAAAAUCUGAUGUAGGUAGUGUGGAAAAUGGAUGCAAUUCUGAAAGAAAAGGAGCGUAUACUAGACGCAGACGAAAGCGCAAAAUGGAUUCUAUUACACAACGGUCAAUUCAGCAAUAUUUUGGAAAACCAAUAGCGGAAGCUUCUACCAGACUCGGCGUUAGUCGAUCUACACUGAAGCGUGUUUGCCGUGAGCUAGAUAUACCCCGUUGGCCAUUUCCGCAGCGCAAUAAGAAACAUUCUCAUUUUAGUAUAUCUGUUGUUAUUCGCCUGCUGAUUAGAAUUAAGCGGUGGAGUUGUUCAACUAGUCAGCACGGUUUUUCUGCCAAGUGGUGGAUUUGUGGAAAACAUAAUGCUUUUGCUGCUAAAUCAAAUCAAUUGUGUGAUUCUCGUAAAGGAGAGUCGAUUUGUGAGCGAAUUUACUUGUCAAAGUCAUUAAAAGAAUCAGAUGACUGCAUAGAGACGUUGAUUUCAUAUUCUAAGCCCCAGCAAGCAUGCUUUGGUAUAUAUGAAGCAGCAUGCUUGUUGUUGGGCUUAAAGCGUUGGAGAAAGAGGACUCUGUUAAAGCAUGCAACACAGUGCAAUGAUUACCUUAUUGACGACGGGCAUUCAGAUAUUAAUAUCUUCAAUGUGUUUCCAUACAAGAAUAUGGUUUACGGCUCAGAAACAUGCAAGGUGACAGUGAAGGCAGCUUAUAAAGAUGAUAUUGUAAAGUUUGAUUUCCCUUUUUCAUUGGGACUUUCAAAAUUAAAAAACCAAGUGGCUCAAAGGAUUAAGCUUCAAGCAACAAGAUUUCAUCUAAAAUACAAGGAUGAAGAUGAUGAUCUAAUUCUCAUUACUUGUGAUGAAGACCUCUGCAGCCUUGUGCCAUUUUCGGCUACUUCAGCUAGUCACUACUGGCAUUACAGAGGAUGAGGGUGUGACUGCAAGUAAUUGGUGGCAAGCUAGCAGGCGCCUUUUUAUUAGGUAGAUGAUGUGGAUAAGUACUUCAGGUUCGCACCUCAGCAUCGAGAUCUAUCACCACCACCUCAAGUUAAUCAUCCAUCCAAUUAUCUACCAUCAUCACUUCUUAACUCUUAUCUAGUUGACUCUCCACGAUCACCAUCUCCUACGAGUCUGACAAAGAUACCAGGCAUGUAUUAUUCUUCCCUCUCUCCACAGGGUAAACGUGUUAUAUCUACAUACCCUGAGCUACAUGCUUUGUGGGAUGAGGUACAUUUGUUACAUGAGCUUGUGUCACCAAUACGACAGGAGAUGUACGACCAUUAUGAGAUGAGGUGCGUUCUUUGCGGGAGGACGAGAGAAUGGAUGACACUUGUUAUGGGACUAGCCUUAUGCAUUUGAUGUUCGUUUUAUACGACAACGGGGUAUACACCAAGACGUCUUGGAGCUUCCAUGAAGUUUCCUUACACAACAUCACAUUUUGGGCGAAGUCACAAGAAAAAGCCAAGACGUCUUGGAGCUUCCAUGAAGUUUCCUUACACAACAUCACAUUUUGGGCGAAGUCACAAGGAAAAGCAUGCUUCUACUAUUGAGGACCAUGUUGGUCCUGUUCCAGAGGCAAAACCAUUCCUAGUUCAGAGGCACAUGUUAGUCCCGUUCAAUUCGAGAGGCACCUCCCAUAAUAUAGGCAAAUGUUAUUCUUGAUUUUGAAUCAUGAUUGGCCAAGGAGUAUAGAAAAAUUGACUACUUACAAGAAAUCAAUUGGUCUGCAUAUCAAUUACCAUGAAGUAGCAUCAACAAUAGUGAUGGGUUCAAGUUAGUAGAGACGUUUGAGGAUGACUCCCGUUGCAAGAAAACUGCAAUCGACUUUUAUCUAUAUGAGCUGGCCAGGGGUGCUACGUCGACUUUUUUCUAAACACCGACUAAGUCAUAUUCGUCUUGGUCGUCAAUGUUAGGGUAUUUUAGUCGAGGUAGAAGAAGUUGGUUAUCUUGAGACCAAUGUUAGAUCAGAGAACUUGUUGAUGCAAAGAAGUUGGAUCGUGAAAAGCUAGAUCAGAUUGUUAGAGAAUCAUGAUGACUAUCAUGCCCUCUUCCUUUCUAAUUUGUGAGUUACCUGUUGGAACACUCAAGUCAUAUAUUCUCGCGGAUGGCAAGUGUGUAAGCUUCAUCCUGCAUGGUGGAUGGUCGAUAAGUUUGAAAUCUUUUAAAAUAUAUCCUGCAAUACCAUGGAGGUUAUAAAGAUGAAGAUCGUAAUGGUUAUGGUAGGGAUAAGGAAUAGGGUGAUGGUAGAAAUGAUCGUGAUGGUGGUUGUAAAGAUGAAGAUCAGUAUGGGUGAGAUGGGAACAUACAAGGAUGGUAGAUAUCGUGGACAAGGGGAUGAUUGGACUUUGAUAUGAGAUGCUCUUGCUUCUAAACUCAGAGCUAGCUUCAACCCUUUGCUAUAUAUGUUCUGGAAAUAUCAAUAGAACAGUUCAAAUAUGGUCAAAGAAUGUAACCACUGAGUAUGAGGGAAAAACAUAUGUUGAGCUUCUUCAGGUAAGCAUCAUCAUGUAACCAUAUCUAAAUCACGUAACCAUAUCUUUGAAUACUUUUGGGGUGUAAUUUUGGCCCAACUACUGGUCCAUUUAUGCAUAUUGUGUUGGGUUUAAUCUUUUAGAUUUAAGUGGUUUUAUUUUAGUUAGUAUAUGUCUUAUUAAGUAAGUAGAUUAAAGUUAGUAUGUUUAUUAUGAUUAGUAGUCAGCAAGUUAUUUAGUAAGGUUAAUCAUGCUUUAAAUAGUUAGAUAAUUGCAGAAAGUCAAGAAAGUUGACCGAGUCUUGUGGAGGAAAAGAACGUGGGAGAGUAUGGCUAGAAUUAGAAGAAUGUGGGUUUGUCAGUUAGGUCUUUGUAAGGCUAUUUAUGUCCUCUGUUUGUUUCACUUUAAUGUUUAAUCACAAGACUCCUUUGCAUAGUUCACUUCUUUUUUACAGAAAGUCCUUGUCACUUUUCCACAUACAAAAAAUAGAUGUUUUGUGAGUGUAUAAUUGGGGCCUGAUACCAUCAUAGGAUACUCUUGUUCAUAGGAAGCUGGUAUAUAUAAUGCCACAAAUAUUACAGAAAAGGACAUUAAGAAGCUGAAGCUAAAGCUUCUUAUAAGUCACAUCGGGCUAGUCCAGCAAGAACCAGCUCUUUUUGCAACACAGAUAUUAACAUUCUGUGGGAAAGGAGCCUUGGAAACAUGUUGCUGUUGGUUGUUACGGGUAUGUAGCUUUGAUUGCAUUGAACGCAAAGAAAGGCGCAUACGAACCACUUUGCAGUGCAUUUAAACGAGACCCAGAUCAUAUUGUCAACAAGCAAUAGAAUGUAAAUUGUAACAUUUUGAUUCUAUUGAAUUGUGUUAUAUUUUCACUA